GUAUACCUCUACGUCCCAUCGGAUGCUGUGCAACCGAGACCCCAGCCUCACCUGAUGAUGUCAAUCCCACCGCGAGUAUCUCCACACCGGCCCAACCGAGCAACCGAAUUCGAAACUCCAAGGUCGGUGGAAUGGAUAGUCCUUUCUCACCCCGCAUCAAAACUUGGAUGAUCGACGUGGCUGAACCUUUACACUUGAUCGUGCUGAAGCGGGCACUCCGUCAAGAUUACCGACAGAGGAGACGGAUAAUCGACAUUCUGGGAGAAAGGUGUUGACGACGACGACCACGGCGACCACUCCGACAUAUAGGGAGGCAAAUACCGCCCGACGAAUGUUACCCCCUAGCUACUAGCUACGAUUGAGAUUCCAAAAUGGGCUACCAUGGACUCCCCAGCAAAGCUUGUUCAAGCUGCAGGACCAGGAGAAUCAAGUGCGACCUUGCGCGCCCAGCCUGUGGACAGUGCGCGAGAGGCCGUCGGACCUGCUCCGGGUAUCGCGAGGCGGGCCGACCUACUCUUUCGUGACCUGAGCGAAGAAGUGGCCCGCAAGGUGGCGCGCCGCCAGCCAAAACGAACUCCGCCAGAGGCUGCCGCCGCCGAGACUGCCAGGCUGACUGCCACGACGGGAGCUCCCAUCGGGGGUUCUCACUCGACGAGGGCCCUCUCCCCGACUUCGUGGGCCAGGCCAAUGACGCCCGAAAGUCAAGCUUUGUGUUUCUUCUUCCGCAACUACCCCGCCCUGUCGUCGUCGAGGAACUUUACGACCAUGUACGACGUCAUUCCAGCCGUCUAUUGCUCCGCGACGCCCGGCGAUAGUCCACUGUUUUGCAUAUUGACGGCCCUGGGCCUGGCCGGCCAGUCCCAUCACACCGAGACCGCGGGCAUGGAAGUCGCCGCUCGCGCUUGGUCCGACCGGGCCUUGCACAAGGUCAACCGCGACCUUCGAGAUGGCCGUCGGGUCAAACUGGAUGAGACGAUCCUCGCGGUGCUGCUACUGGGAUUAUACGAGACCAACACGUGCAACACGCCUCGAUCGAUGCGAUCCUGGCUGACCCACAUCAAAGGCGCGACGGCCUUGUUAGACCUGCACACGGUCGUCCGGCUCUCUCGAGCAUGUCGCCGCCGCCGUACGAGUCCCGCCGCCGUCGACCCGGCCGAAGACCUCAACGCGAUCGUCACCGAAUUUUGCAACGCUCGAUCUGUCAUACCUUUUCGCCCUCCCGUGACCCAGUUAGAGUCGAUGACGAGAGCCGUCAUCGCCCAAUACACGUCCAUCGGCGAAGCCUUGGCAGAUUGGUAUGACGCGCUUCCCGCCACAUUUCACCCAUCGACCGUCUACUGCGACGACAUGGCCAAUCCCGACAUCUUAUCAGACCACUAUGAUGUCUACCCGGACAUGGGGACCACCAACCUCGCUAACAACUACCGGGCAAACACCAUCCUCAUCCAUGAAGCUUUGUUGAGUCAGCUGGAUCUCUUGCGGGUCCGAUAUGGCCACGACGACCAACUGGUCGACCGAGUCAGGCAAUCACGCAACACGAUCUUAUCUGUCAUCGACACAAUCUGUGCCAGCGUGCCGGACCUCCUCCAGCCCAACGUUGGCGCGGCGGGUGUCGGACUCCUCUGGCCACUGUACGUGGCGGCGCAGCUCUCGCCACGCACCGUUCGGGUGCCAGAUGCCACGCGCACCUGGAUGAUUGGACGCUUGGAGAAAAUUGGAACUGAAUUGGGCGUGCGCCAGGCGACGAUGCUGGUGAAACUCUUGUACAAAGACGCCGAUGUCUCGGAGCUGUUAAAGGAUGAGGAGGAGCGGGCGAUGAGCUAUCAAUGA